AUGGGUGACAAGAAGUAUCAGAAAGAGAUAAGGGAUUUUAUAAAUGCAUGGAGUGUUUUUAUAGGGCGGGGACGAACAUGGAACCGACAGCAGUAUUGGAGAAAGUUACUCCGGGAGGUUGAUAGCAUCUUUGGACAGUUAAUCAAGAAAAUUGGUGAAAGUAACAUUCCGAUCUCUAGCUUCUGUGGCAGUAUAUAUAAUGAAGACGGUCAGGGAUUAUGCAUUAAUAGGUGUGGGGAGAUUGCAAAGAUUCUGGUAUACAUGAGAGGGUAUAAUUACAACAAGGGAGAGCACAAAUGGAAAAAGAGGUACCCGCAGCACAGCAGCAGGAGGAACUUUAACGAAUAUUUAGAGGAUAUUAUAACGACAGUUUCCGAAAAGUUAGAAAAAGGGGAGGAUUUUCCGAGGCAGAAGUUUGAAAAAGGCUUGUGCGAGGACAGAAACUUUGGGACUAUACUAUUUCUAUCAGGGACUGUUGGCCAAGACAUGAAAAAACGCUUAGAGGACUUGAGUGCACAGUGGGCGUCAGGAAGAGUACAGAGUAAACGCGCACGAUCAGGCAAAUGUGCAUGGGCCAACACAGAUCAGGAUGAUGAGGAGGAACAGAAGUCUAAAGAGAACUGUGAUGUCACGGUGGACCAGCUGCAGGCGGAUGCGUAUACUAACAAAAUAAUGGACUGGAUGAAGGAUGAUCCCAAUACGCGAGUGCAGGCUUUGUUAGAGGACAUCAAGGCAGGUCAACGAUUGGGGGCGCCAGGAAGAGGUGGACCAGGAUUAGGACGUGGCAGGGGAGGAGGCAAAGGAGGAGGUAGGGGAGGAAGGGGGAUGACUCCAUCAAGCAACAUAUCGCGUCCAGGAACAGGAGCGGGGACGCGACCACAACCGGCACCAGCACCAAGACCACCCAGACCACCGAGACCACCAAAGGAAACGCCGCCAUCACCAGGAGUAGGGAAAGCAGGGUCAUCCUCCGUGGACCAACCCGGUGAGAAAGGCGUGAAACCACCCGGCAGUGGAGCAGCCGCACCCGCCCCUGCCAAACCAGCACCCGCCAAACCGGCAACAACAUUACCAACGAAUGGGACAACAGAAGACAAAACACAAGGCAAGGGGGGACAAACAUCACCAGAAGGAACAGGAGCACCUCCAGCACAGGGAACAGACACAGGACGAAACGCAGCAAGGAAGGAAGAUACAGACGACACACAACCCGUGGCAGGACCCCCACAUGUGGCACCACCAUCAGCACCGGACACUGGGGGCUUGGGAACAGCAACAGGACCCUCUGGCGCGACCACUUCUCAGAAGGAAGAUGCAGGUAACACUUCUAAGGCGGACUGUGGUGCAACUAAGAAGUCACAUGUGAGCACCCAAGGAGAAGUUUCUGUCCACACAGAAAUUAGCUUUGCACCUUCUUCUUCAUCUGAGUGCUCAGGUAGUGAUCCUUCGCAGAAGAAGACAGGCAAGGACUCAAAAGAAACAGUUCCAGAAAAGGCACCAGCAGCGGCAGCACCGAAAGCAGACGCAGAACCCGUACCAGCAUCCACAUCCUCAUCCAGUGAGGCAGCAGGCGGCCCACCGCCUGCUCCUUCCCCUGCUGACAACACUCAGAACGACGCAGUUCAGACGACUCCAUCGUCUCCUUCUUCUACGCAUGAGAACGGUGCACCCGCUUCCAGGAGUCCCUCAUCCGGUGCGUCAGGAGAAAACGGAGAAGCCGGUAACAGUGGUGGACGUGCCGUCAUCGAUGGCGGUAACGAUGACCCCCCUCCUCUCAAUCCCCCCAAACCCAAACCGAACCCGAACCCAAAUCAAUCGGGUGCAAGCGGUAGCGGCGGAGGCGGCGGCAGCAGUACAGAGGAUUCAUCUAGUCCCGGUUCCACUGGUGACCAAAACCCUGCUUCCUCCGGUCCUGGUUCCACGGCAACCCAUAAUCUAGGUUCCUCUGGUCCAACACCACAGGAGCCAUCCAGUGGGACAGUUAGUCCAUCAGGUGGUACAUCUGGUCCAGCAGCAGCACCCCCUAUUAAACUACCACCUACCACCCCUCCAUCGAAACCCUUUGACCCCAAGCAUCUCAUCCCGUACACCGCCGCGAUCAUUCCCGCGCUGGUUGGUAUUGGAAUCAUUGCGUUCUUCCUAUGGAAGUAUUUUGCGUACCUCGGACAAAGACGACGACGAACGUGUCGCACCGUUCGUGACGUGCCGUCACCGCCACUCGACGAAGAAAUAUUGGCGCAUCUACAACGCGGCGCGCCGCCACCCGAUUACGGGUACACCUUGAUUAGGGAUACGCGGGGCGCAUCUGCUGCCGAACGACGACGACGACGACAUCCACGCGUGCAUAAGCGCACGAUUGUCGAGCUACAUCUAGAAGUGCUCAACGAAUGUGAAGAGGCCGAGUGGGAAAACGUCAAAGACGACUAUUGGAAGAUUGUCGUGGAGGAGUUUAUGGCGGGCAACAACACCUGUACACGUAGCUCGCAUGCCUGUACCCCAGACGACGGUUUAGCAACCCAGGACUCAACAACAAACGCCGCUCCACCAACGCGGUAUCCACCCACUGACUCGGACGCAACAGAUUCAUGCCCACCACAUGACCCCGAUCCAUGGAGUUGUAUGGAAAACAUACAGUUAGCAACGGACGCUUCUCCACCUAACGAAGAUAACCCCGAUCCAUGGAGUUGUAUGGAAACCAUACAGUUAGAACAAGAAAGGACUCAUUCGCCCCCUCUCCCCUCUUCCGACCCCGGGAAUGAAAACCGGACCCCCGACCACACUAAUUGGAUUAACUGGAUUGAGCGUAACAAGCACCUAUUGCGGGCGUGCACGACGCAGCCGUGGUUUCUGCAAUUAAAAGCGGAUUGGACACAAUACCUGCAAAACAUCGAAGAGCAAGUACCGGACAAAGGCCAAGUACCUGGAUUGGAAAAUGUAAUGGCAGCAGAACACAUGCUCAGAGUGAGAGAUGCACCAGAGUUCCAACAACUGCAUCCACAACUGUACCUCCACAAGCCGCUAAGCACUAAAAUAUGGAUACUGAUCCUGGCAUUAGUCAUAGAACAGUGCGAGCUCGAACGCACUUUGCUGGAUAGGGACUUAUAUGUCGAUAUUUUAUUAGUACACCUUUGA